UGGUAUUCGAUCCCAAUCAACCAUAUUUCCAUUCCGGCCGGCUACUUAUUACAUCAAUUCAAUAAUACUCCGUAUAGUUUUUGAGUAUACAAAUAAUAUAUACUCCGGUAGGUAUAGUAUCAGCUCAGUGAGCUAGUCACCGAUUGAUCAUGGCGAAGAUAAUUAUGAAUUACAUUCAGCUUCGGGAAGGCCGCCGCUGCCGUAACAUAGGCGGCCGCAUAAUGCUCGUCCCCCCAAAGAAACGGACUUGGAAUACAAUGAUGCUGCCGGAGUUGUCGUCAUCCGGGGCGGCGGCCGAAGACGUUCCGCCGUCAUUAUCCCUAGUGCCUGCUGAUGUCGUCGCCGUGGGGAACAAGAAGAUGAAGGAAGACGGCUGCGGCGGCGAAGGCCCCACCGAAAGCACCGCUCGCCGCCCUGAAAUUGCACAUUCGCUAGGUGGAGGCCCUUUCUUUGGUUAUUGCAUGAUAGAUAGAUGGAUGGAUGAUUUCCUUUUGUAUUAAUUCAUUCAAAUUGCAACGUGAUAGCCUUUGCUGCGCUGUAUAUUCAUAAUUCAUCACACUUACUCAAUUCGCAUUUU